CCAAUCCACGUGCACGCCAUUCUUCUACCUGUCGGAACCUGUGUGUAUCAGUCGGUCGCAAUCACGAUGCAGAGAUAGAGGCGCUCUCGAACAUCGGACAUUGGACGUUAGAGGACAAAUACUGGAACGAGGGGGAGAGAGUUUGAGACUCAAAGAGUGGACACCCCCUUCUGGGGUAUUCCAACUACAGACAAUACACAUGCGGCCUGUUGUCAAGCCUGGCAGCAGCGAGAAUGCCCCCAACAACACAACCAGACAAGACGAGCAGACAGUCGUCCGCCAGCAAAGGCUUCUUCAGACGUCACCGAGACAAGUCAGACAGUCGCUAUGAGGGAAGUCUUGCGAGCGUCGAGUCGAACACGAAUGGAUCCCUUAGCUCACGAUUUUCGAAAAGAGAGUCCGUCCUGUCCAACGAAGGUCAGGAUGCUGACUAUGCUGGCCUUAACAUGACCGCCGGCGUUAUUACCUCGAUACCAUACUCUACAACCACCGGAUCGCACACGCCCAUAAUUGUGGAACAUUUGCCCAAAGAUGAACAGGUUCCAGGAAGGGAGCCGCAGCCACAUCAACUUGCUCGCGGCACAGACUUUCACCAGUAUCCUGCGUUCAAUGGAACCCCAAAUGGAGCCUCCCAUCCCACAGGCCCACGGCCGCCGCCUCAUUCGAGUACCGUCAACGGGGUCACGAUGGCUUCCAGUCAAGCGGGCGAUAGGGGCACAAAAUAUCAACAAUGGGGUCGCCCUGGGAGUAGCAACGGCCCUCAACAUGGCACAUACGAAUCGGUGUCCACAACGGAGUCCUAUGGAGGACGACGCAAAUCGUUCGAUGGCGCAAGUAUAAAAUCGACCGCAUCGUCCACCACCAGAGCGUCCAGCAUCUUUUCGUCUGAGAAUUCUUCGCGCACGGCGAUACCAUCGCGACAAGACUCCGAUGCUAUCUCAAUGAAACUGGUGUCUCCGACACAUUCCAGGCUCUCUAAACUUAGUUCUCAUGCUGGCUGGCCAGCGCAACAACCUUCAGCUUUCAGUUCAACUCAGUCUUUUACCCCUGCUGGAUUCUACCUUCCCAAGCCGCAGAGCGACGAAGAAAUUGAGCAGCUUUUCCUACAGCUAAUGCACAAGCGUGGCUGGCAAAACCUCCCUGAACAAGCUAGGCGGCAAAUGACGGCAUACGCCCCCGCGAAGAAAUGGACUCUCGUGCAUCAAGACAAAUUGACCGAGUGGCAGGGGGAGCAGAAGAGGAGACAGCAGGCUCGACAAACUGGAACCGUUGAGGGACCGGUCUCCCGAGAUGUGGACGGUACCCCUGAAUGGUAUGUCAAGAAAAUUAUGAAUAACACCAUCUCUUCGAAAGAGCUACAGAGUCUGAGUGUCUCUCUGCGAACUCAACCGAUUGGCUGGGUGAGGACUUUUAUCGAGGCACAAGGUCAGAUAGCCUUGACGAGCGUAUUACUGAAGAUCAAUCGACGCCAGGCCAGUGGGCCUACUCUUCAGAGCACAACCGGUUCAGCGGAGAAGGACCUGGACAGAGAGUACGAUAUUGUCAAAUGUCUGAAAGCGUUGAUGAACAACAAAUAUGGCGCCGACGAUGCUUUGACGCACGAACAGAUUGUAGUGGCGCUGGCGACGUGCCUCAUCUCGCCUCGCCUUACUACAAGAAAAUUGGUCAGCGAGGUUUUGACGUUUCUCUGUCAUUGGGAUCAAGGGCAGGGCCACCUGAAGGUAAUACAAGCCUUGGACCAAGUCAAGAAUAUGAUUAAUGAGAAUGGUCGCUUCGACGCAUGGAUGCGCAUUGUCGAGGUCACGAUCGAUGGCCGAGGCAAGAUGGGCAGUCUGGUAGGAGCCAGUGAAGAAGUCAGGAGUGGUGGUAUUGGCAUGGAAAACCUCCUGAUGGAGUAUGCUGUCGCGACUUUGGUGCUUAUCAACAUGUUGGUUGAUGCGCCUGAGCGAGAUUUGCAGCUACGAUGCCACAUCAGGGCCCAAUUCAUUGCCUGCGGCAUAAAACGUAUUCUGGUGAAGAUGGAAUCUUUCCAAUACGAUGUCAUCGACAAGCAAAUUGCGAAGUUCAGGGAGAACGAGGCCAUCGACUAUGAAGAUCUGCUGCAACGAGAAGGCAGCAGCAUGGUGGACAGUAUCGAAGGUGAAGUCAAGGACAUGACCGAUCCCAUGCAGAUCACAGACGCCAUCAUGUCCAAGGUCAACGGCACAAGAACGCAAGACUAUUUCAUAUCGGCGAUGCAACAUAUGCUAUUACUGCGAGACAACAAUUCAGACGACCGUCUUAGGAUGUUUCAACUCGUGGACGCCAUGCUGAGUUAUGUGGCAAUGGAUCAACGGCUGCCAGAUAUGGACUUGAAGCAGAGUCUGAACUUUACGGUCCAGAAUCUGCUUAACAGGUUGCAUACUGACGAUGAAGCUCGAAUCGCGUUCGAUGAGGCCACGGAAUCUAGACAAAUUGCUGAAGCAGCGCUGGCUGAACGCGAUGAGAUGGCAGCACAGAUCUCACUCGGUGCCGAUGGAUUGGUCAAGAAACUGCAGAAGCAGAUCGAGGAACAGGAAGGCAUCAUCGAAAUGCAAGCCAGACAAGCAGAAUCUCUGAAGUCCGAGGUUGCUGAACUUCAGAGGAUUCGGGCUCAAGAACUGCAGAGGAAUGAGCUCGAAACCAGGGAGCUUUACCUUAUGCUCAAGGAUGCUCAGGAUGUAGCCGCUUCCCGAGCUGUGAAGGGCGCCCCCACUCAAGAUCCUGCCCAGAUGCAAGGUAUCCUGGAUAGGGAGAAGUUGAUGGAGCGUCUCGAGCGCAAUCUUGAACGCACCAAGACCCAAUUCAAGCUCGAAGGGAAAGUCUGGGGCCAGACAGGCCCAUCGAACCGACUUAGAGAGCUCCGCGAAAAGAUGGACGAUCUGGAUGAUGCUGAGUUCCAGGAAAACACACAGAGACAUCUCACAAACAGUGCUAUUGGAAGCGUCCAUCGCAGCAACGCCCUGAAGGGACCUAGGAGAGCAGCACUGGAAGCUCUAGCCGCUAGCGAGGACGUCGAUUUUGUUGACGAGGACGAAGAGCAAGACGCAGUCAUCUAUGAGAAGCCACGUCUGGUUGAAUUCUCCAAACCCAAGAUGACAGCACAGCAGCAAUCAAGCCUCAUGGGUGAGAUCACGUCGAAGGUCAAGAAAGUCGACGACGAUAGCGACGACAACACAGGUGAUGGCGAUGGUGUCACGACUGGGCCUACUCAUCCAAGUAUCGAGUCCGAGUCUCCAAGGACACCGGUUGAUGUAGCACAAGUUGAUUCACAGUUGGAAGCCAAAUCUGAGGCCAAAUUCGAUGGUCCUCCACCUCCACCACCGCCUCCGCCGCCUCCGCCAGGUCUGAUACCGGGCACCAUCCCCAGCUUCGCUACAGGUCCGCCACCUCCACCUCCUCCGCCACCACCGCCAUUCAGUCCUGGAAUGCCUCUCUCUCCGACACCGUCGAUGCCUGGCUUCACUGGAGGUCCUCCUCCACCUCCACCUCCUCCACCUGGCUCACUACCUAUGAGUCCGAUAUCACCAAUGGCCCCUCCAGCACCUGGCGCACCGCCGCUACCUGGAGCUCAGCAUGGUCACUACCUACCUCUGUCACCUGUUGUGCCUGUCCCUAUGCUCAAGAACCCUGUCAUGCGUCCAAAGAAGAAACUCAAGGCCUUCCACUGGGACAAAGUCGAUACGCCGCAAGUGACUGUUUGGGGCGGCAGCACCGCGAACAUGGAAGCCAGAGAAGAAAAGUACCGCGAGUUGCAACGGAAGGGCGUCCUCGACGAGGUGGAGAAGCUUUUUGUUGCCAAAGAUAUUAAGAUUCUUGGCGCUGGCUCAGGCAGGGGUAAGAGCGACAAGAAGCAAAUCAUCAGUAGCGACAUGAUGCGGAACUUCCACGUCUCAAUGGCCAAGUUCAAAAACGAUCCCGCUGAUGAGGUCGUAAGAAAGAUCAUCCAUUGUGAUAAAGAGGUCCUGGACAACAACGUGGUUAUGGACUUCCUUCAGAGAGACGAUCUCUCCACUAUACCCGAAAAUGUUGCCAAAUUAAUGGCGCCUUACAGCAAGGACUGGACAGGACCUGAUGCCAUAUCCUCGAAACGAGAGCAGGAUCCUUCUGAGCUGACAAGAGAAGACCAAAUCUAUUUGCAGACAGCGUACGAAAUGCAUCAUUACUGGAAGGCAAGAAUGCGAGCUCUGGCUCUGACAAGAACAUACGAGGGUGAGUACGACGAAAUCUCGCACAAACUGAAGGAGAUUGUCAAUGUCUCCGAGGCUAUCCGCGAUUCUACCUCUCUCAUGAGCGUCCUCGCUCUUAUCCUCGACAUUGGCAACUAUAUGAAUGACUCCAACAAGCAAGCAUCUGGAUUCAAACUCAGUUCGCUUGCCCGCCUGGGCAUGGUCAAAGACGACAAGAACGAGACGACCUUUGCCGAUUUAAUCGAGCGUAUCGUCCGCAACCAGUACUCUCAAUGGGAAGUUUUCGUCGAAGAUAUAGCAGGUGUUGUCACGGCCUCAAAGUUCAACGUUGACCAACUGCGACAAGACGCCAAGAAGUACAUCGAAAACAUCAAGAAUGUCCAAGCCUCGUUGGAUGCUGGUAACUUGAGUGACCCUAAGAGGUUCCAUCCUCAAGACCGCGUUGCUCUAGUGGUACAGCGAUCGAUGAAGGAGGCAAGACGGAAGGCUGAACAAAUGCAGCUUUUCCUGGACGAGACAUCGAGGACGUACGAUGAUAUUAUGACCUACUUCGGAGAGGACAACCAAGACGAAAAUGCUAGAAGGGAGUUCUUCAGCAAACUUGGAGGUUUCGUGGCUGAGUGGAGAAAAUCUCGGGAAAAGAACGUCACGAUGGAAGAGAAUAGGCGCCGUCUCGAUGCUAGCAUGGCCAGAAAGAGAGCUCAAGGCAGCCAAAAUGCCAGCGGCGAGAGAAGCGGUGCAGAGACACCUGGCAGUCCCCCCGCCAAUGGUGCCAUGGAAUCACUCCUGGAGAAACUUCGAGCGGCGGCGCCUCAGGUGAAAGAUCAGCGCGACCGUAGAAGGCGUGCCAGGCUGAAGGAGAAACAUGAACAAAGAGUCGCUAGUGGCCAACAAUUGCCCGACCUGCCUGUGAAAGACGGGGUUGAGGAAAGUCGUGGACUCAGCAGCCUUGGCGAGGAGCCGAAUGGAGACCAUCUCAGCACUGAAGAUGGGAUCAGUGCAAGAGGCGACGUGAGCGAAAGUGAAGACGUGGCCGAUCGAGCAUUGAGAGCUCUUCAGGAGAUGAGAAGUGCGGUACCCUCAGAUGGCGACGAGAUCGACGUCCGAAGGCGGAGACACGGGGCUGACGAAGAGCGAAAGAAUCGCAGAAUGCGACGGCGGACGGCACACCAGAGUACCACUUCGGUCAGAGACUCCGUACAAUCUGAGGCGAAGGUUGACGCCGAUGAGGACGAGGCGCCAGAUGAUAAAAGAUCGUCUGCGGGGACAUUGAGUCCUAUGUCAAGCCAGCAUCCACCGGCUAUCAUUGUCAGUCCGACAUUUGAUGAUGAGCCUGCUGGGAAAGAGCACGAAGCCGGAGCCGUCGACGCAGGGACGUAAUGCUGUCUAUCUGCCGCCUGGGAUUGUAAGGGGUAUAUCUUGGAUUGGGAGGCUUUUGUCGUAUUCCAUGCACUUAUGGUUGCACCUACACUAACAGGGAGUGUAUUGUAUUUGGAACCAGAUACCCAGAUUAAUUGAGCGAAUAGCCUGUUUUCAACAAGAACUACUAUAAGGAGCGUCUAGUUGGGAGGGACAUGUAGCG